CGCACGCCCGCACGCACGCACACACGCACGCACACGCCUAUCCCUACUAUAUGGGCUUUCGACACCCCGAUAUAUUAUAAAAGACCAAAAGAAGUACUCUCCCACGAUUAUUUUCAAAAGUGAUCCCAACUCUUCGAUUCCGACGCACGCGUGUCUUGCGUAAACACUGCCUGCAGAGUAUACUUACGCGGCUCGCCGUAUCACACAUUAUUAUAUUAUUAUCCAUCAUCACCACCAUCAUUAGUAAUAUAAUAAUAAUAUAUAUAUUUUAUAUUAUUAUUAUAUCUGUUUUGCGUACCGCUGCUACUGGUGCAGCACUCUCGCGCGCUCGCCGUUAUACCACUGCAGUCGGGUGUGUUGUCCGCACGUUAAAAAUUUUUUUAAAAAAAACGUCGUCUCGUAAUAUAAUAAUAUAACAUAAAUUGUGUUGUAUUAUAUAAUUAUAUUUAUUAAUACAUCCGUGCGAUACGUAUCGUAAUAUCAUAUUAAUUUUACCGUCCGUCGCCAAACUUCGCCCUGCAGCCGUCGCAAAUAGCUCUUCGCCCGUUCGCCCGUCUCGUUCGCAUCGGGCACAUCGGCUCACCGCGCGGCUGAGGAGGCGGCGCGAGAUGACGGCCGAGACCAUGUCCGACGGCGACGGAUACAGCCGCGAACUGUGGCUGAACGCGGUGGCCGCGGCGCUGGGUCUGACCUACUCGGCGUACCGGCAGCUCCGGGCCGCCAGGACGCUACCGCCCGGGCCGUGGGGCGUACCGUUCCUGGGGUACGCGCCGUUCUUGUCCAACCACUGCACGUACCUCAAGUACAACGAGCUGGCCCGCCGGUACGGGUCCAUAUGCUCGUUCACGCAGCGCGGCAACACCGUCAUACUGCUCAGCGACCACAAGCUCAUCAAGACCGCGUUCGACAUGAAGCAGAUCACCGGCCGGCCCAACGACGGGUACAUGGACAUCAUCGGCGGAUACGGAGCCGUAAACAGUACCGGGAAGUUAUGGGAGUCGCAAAGGAAGUUUUUGCACUUGGUACUCCGACACAUGGGGAUGACGUUCACGGGCCACAACAGGUUGAACAUGGAAAACCGAAUAAUGAUCGAAGUGUCUACACUAACGGAAACGUUUCACAAGACCUGCGGCAAACCGAUAGACCUGAAUGCCGGUUCGCUGUGUCUCGCCAUCACCAACGUGAUUAGUUCGUUGACGAUGAGUGUCAGAUUCGAACCGAACGACCCACGUUUCGAGCGGUACAUGCACAUGGUCGACGAAGGUUUCAAGCUGUUCGGCAUGUUGAGGCCGGUGAGCUUGUUUUUGCCGAGACGUCACAUCACGGACGAACGGAAUAUACAGGAAAAAAUCAAGAACAACCAUCAAGAGAUCGCCAAGUACUUUCAAAGCAUCAUCGAGGAGCACCGGAGCACGUUCGAUCCGAAUUCCAUUCGAGACCUGGUCGACGCCUAUUUGCUGGAGAUCAAACGCUCUCAGGAAGCCGGCACGAUGGACCAACUGUUUCAGGGCUUGGACCCGAACAGGCAGGUGCAACAAAUCCUCGGCGACUUGUUCUCGGCCGGCAUGGAGACCAUUAAGAACACGAUUUUGUGGGCCAUGGUGUACAUGCUCCACUAUCCGGAUGUGAUGACCAAGGUGCAGGACGAGAUCGAUUCGGUAGUGGGUCAAUACAAAUCGCCGGUGCUCGACGAUUACCCCAAUUUGCCUUACACACAGGCCACCUUGUACGAAGUACUCCGGAAAUCGAGUAUCACGCCUUUGGGCACGACACACGCAACCACCAGUGACGUAACGCUCAAUGGUUACCAUAUACCGACCGGCGCUCAGAUCAUACCUUUACAACACUUCGUACACAACGACCCGAACUUAUGGGACGAACCGGAGGCGUUCAAGCCGGAGAGAUUUAUAAAUGCCGAAGGCAAAGUGAAAAAACCCGAUUGUUUUUUACCUUUCGGAGUCGGUCGGAGAAAAUGCCUGGGCGAGACGUUAGCUCAGAUGGAACUAUAUUUGUUCUUUUCAACCUUGUUACACGAAUUCGACGUAUGUCUACCGGAUGGCGACGAACUGCCCAGCAUGGACGGUCAAGUCGGCAUCACACUGACUCCACAGUCGUUCAAGGUCGUCAUGAGAGCGCGCAAUAAGUAGAUUUCAUUUCAUUAUUAUUAUUAUUAUUAUUCUCAGAUCCUCUCAUUUAGGUUGUCUAUGUGUUUUUAACGGAAUGUUAUGUAUUUGAUAGAGUAUAACAUUCCAUAGUAAUGUUAUUGUUUAGCUUAAAAAAUGUUUCAUUAUUUAUUUAUAACCGACAUCGUACCUACGCGGUUCCCUAUAAAUUAUAUAUUAUCAUACGUUUUCUAACAUGUAGUUUAAGACCAUACUAUUUAUUUAUUAGCUAGUUUAGUUUAAUUUAUACCGUUUUAAAAUAGAACUAUUUUAUAAUUGUUCGUUUGAAGUAGUUACAAGUGCAUGUUUUCCUAUUGAUAUGUUUAUGUACUUAGUGCCAUAUAUACCAUUUUUUAUAAAAAUUAUUUGAUGUAGUGUUUUAUUUCGUAUUAAGGUAUAAUUGUUGUUUUUUUUUAUAUAUAUUACCAAUGUACAAGCAACCUAUUACAAUUAAAUGUUGAAUGUUUUUUGUCAA